AUGCUGUGGAUAUUGAUCGCAGUGACGUUGAUCGAGGUAUCGACCUUUACCACCGCACAGUCGAAAAAAGCAACUACGACUCAAGAAGAUGCGAACAACACCGAACCCGAGCAUCCGAUACCGAUGGAAUCGAUACAGGGGGUGGCAGGGCAGAAGGCAACCUUGCCCUGUAAUAUACAACCCCGCGAGCCGAACGACGCUGUCUCUAUGGUGCUCUGGUUCAAAGAGGACAGCGGCGAGCCACUCUACAGCUACGACGCGAGAAAUCGACAGUUCGGCAAGGCGAAGUUGUGGAGCGCCUCGCAUUUCUGGGGAGACAGAGCCUCGUUCAAAGCAAGCCCGCCCGCCCAGCUGACGAUUCGAGAUCUGCGGGAAACCGACGAGGGAGUCUAUCGUUGCAGAGUCGAUUUUCGUAACUCACCGACCAGAAAUCUCAAGGUCAACUUCACGGUUAUCGUACCACCAGCCAAGCCGAUAAUCUACGACGCAAAGAGGAGGGACAUGAGCAAACUCCUCGAAGCGUAUCCGGAAGGAGCCGAUCUGUUCCUUGUCUGCGAGGUUCACGGAGGUAAGCCCAGUCCCCGUGUAACGUGGUAUCUGGAGUCAGAAGUAAUCGAUACGCCAUCCGAGGUUCGGGAAACCCAAGGGCCAGCCGGCGAAACCAACAUCGUAACCAUAAGCAACGUGACGCUGAGGGGUCUCACGAGAAGACACUACCACGCGAAAUUGUUCUGCAAGGCGAGCAAUACUCAUUUAGCACCGCCGCCCACCACUGCCGUCAUCAUCGAACUUUACAUGAAGCCGCCGCAAGUCGAAAUCAUGGGAAAGGACGAGAUUCUAUCGGCGGGUAGAAAAUACGAGACUAGAUGUCAGAGCACGGGAUCCAAGCCGCCGGCCGUUUUAACCUGGUGGAAAGCGUCGAAACAGCUGAAGAGUACGAUCAAAAACUUUCAGGAGGAUGGUAGCAGCGUGAGCGUGCUACAGUGGACACCGUCGAUCGAAGACGAAGGAAAGUUCCUCGUGUGUCGAGCGACGAAUCCGAAACUGCAGGAGACUGGUAUAGAGGAACGAUGGAAGCUAACAGUCCACUUUGCCCCUAUCGUCACUCUGAAGAUGGGCUCGUCGUUGAAUCCGAGGAACAUCAAAGAGGGCGACGACGUGUACUUCGAGUGCAACGUUAGGGCGAAUCCUAGGGCUUACAAAUUGACAUGGUUUCACGAGGAAGAGGAGCUCCAUUACAAUGUCACCGCCGGCAUAGUUCUCUCGGACCAUUCUCUGGUGCUUCAGAGUAUAACUCGGGAAUCCGCUGGAAGGUACACCUGCACGGCCGUCAAUGUCGAGGGCCGUGCCAGUUCUAACGUAGUGAAGCUCGAGGUUAUGUUCGCCCCUAUCUGUAAGCACGUUUCAAGCCCCGCCGGUUGGCGAUAUCAGAACGCAACACCUCCACCCUUGAACGUUCCCGAGGAGAUCCACGGUGCCUCGAAGCACGAGACCAUCAGCUUGGUCUGCGAGGUCGAGGCUAGUCCGACGUCCGUCACCUUUCAUUGGACCUUCAACAGCAGCGGGGAUCUCACCGACAUUCCGUCCACAAAAUACAGCAACGAAGGCACAUCGAGUAGACUGAAUUACACCCCCUCGUCCGACAUGGAUUACGGGACGCUGGGUUGUUGGGCCAGCAACGUCGUCGGCCCUUCGAAACAACCGUGUCUUUAUCAAGUAAUAGCAGCAGGCAGACCGUACCCGUUGCAAAACUGUACGGCGCACAAUCAGACCGGUUCCUGGAUCAGGAUAUCCUGCGUGGAAGGAUACGACGGCGGUUUGCCCCAAAAAUUCGUCGCGAUCGUGGACAAACUACGUUUGGAGUCGGCGAAUCCUUAUUGGGAGCUGGAGCUUCACAAGCCAACGACGAUCGCCCUUUACGCGGUCAACAUGAAGGGUUCCAGCGAUCCGGUGAUCAUGGAACGGGUGUCGUUGAAAGGUGUAGCCAAGUUUACCGGAGAAUCGGUGUCUUCGGUGGAUAUGUCGCCGAUCCUGAUUGGUCUAGGGGGUACGGCGACCGGAUUGGGGCUAAUCGUGACCGGAGUGCUGAUGGCGCUAUGGAGGAAACACGCGGCUACCCCGGCGAAACCGAAACCACCCCAACAACCAAGCAUCGCGACCUUCGCUGGCAAAGGCGAAGAAGAGGACGGGAACCCCGAUCUCAUACCCACUACGGCCUUGACCAAUCAUUUUACGGAUAGGAAGCUUUUGCAUUACGGGUCCCUGCCGCGGAGGCCGCGUCAGCUGGAAGGCCGAGAGAUGUCCCACGAUGUCGUAGAAGAUUCGGAUUAUCCGCGAGCAUCGCCAAACACGUUUUACAGCCUCCAAAGACCGCACCGAUAUUCGGAAACGGUCAUUCGGAGCGCCGCGAUCCAGGAAAGCUGCAUUUAGGAAUAACGCGUCAGGGAGUUAACGAAACGA